CUCUGGCAGGGGCAACAGCAGCGCUUGUCCAAAACUAAAAAAUUAUAUGCGUAUCGAAGAGUACAAUCUGUCAAAAUCAUAAUCAAAAUAAAAAUAAGUGAAUACCAUAUCGAGAAUGCCACUGCAGCUGUUUAAGUUGCUGCUACUGUUGCUGCUGCUGCUGUUCAAGUGCCUCAAAGCCGAGUCGCCACAAUGUUUUCAUUUCACCUGGAUUGGACCAUACGAGAACAAAACGAAUAUUGAAAAUGAAAGCUGCGAUUCCAGAGUCGGUGAUUUCAACGAGAUACCCUGUGAAAUGCCUCUGGUAGUCACCGCAAAUGACACUGUGCCGGAUGUGAAGGCACUGUGGAAGAACGAGACAUUGAAUCGUGAAAAUUAUCUGUGCCACAUGUCGCCCGGUCUUUCCUGCGUCAAGUACUCCUACAUAUUCAAGGGCGGCAUACAAAACGUGACAUAUAUGUGUGCCAAGGUGAAUAGCAGCAAUGGUUGUUACCUACAAACGCAUUCGACGGGCAUGCAGGUGGAAGCCUGCGUUUGCACCUCCAAACUGGGCCUGAUGCCCUGCAAUGGCAGCUUGAGUACGCAGUCUCAACAAGUUUUGGGCUUUGCCAUAGCCUUGCUCAGCGUUUUUAUGAUUGUUAAAUAAACAUUUAGAAACAAAAUAAGAAAAGCAGACAUAAACAAAAGUAAUGUAGUCGAUAUCUCGUUGCAGCACUUCAAUGCGAUCGGAAGUGCAAUGGCAAUUUGUUUAGUCUACGUCAAUGGAGAGGGUUGAGCAGGUUGGUGCCUGAACAAGUUACAUUGUGUAUUUUUCCUACAGCUCGCCUACAGCGAGCUCGCCCUAUUCACUAUUUAAUGUGACAUUUCCGCGCUUUUGAUUUUGACAAGUUUGCACAAUUUAUGGGCUCUUUUUAUAGGCCAUAUAUUAUUCUUUAUGGUCUAGCAUUGGUAACGCGUUGGCUAAAUAAACUGCCAUAAUUUAUUAACUUGGCUAUUAAUCAAAUGCAACGAUGACAAUAACUUCACGCUCGGCAUUUAUUUA